ACAGUGGUGGAUACAUCAGGACUCCACUCCUUAAUGAUCAGAUUCUGUCGGUACACCAAUGCACUGAAUCCCGACAUGCAACUAUUUGAAACAGGCCUCUUCCCAGCAUCUUUCACUUUGCCAAAGACAACAUUCACAUUUGCAGUGUUGGACAACUUCCUGUUAGAUAACCUGGAAUGUGGGACUUUGGCUAUGAACUACUAUAGCAAAUUAAGGCAAAUCACUUCCAGCAUGUUCCCUCAUCUAGUUCCAGUGAGUGCUGUGAAUGGAAUUGAUGAGGGUGGGCAGGCAGUGGAGACAGCUGAAGAUGAGAAGCCAAAGCCAAAGCCAGGGGAGCUUGCACUCUCCUGUCCUCCAUGUCUGCAGCCUGGGGUAAAUGUCAAUUUGUCAGAAAAGAAUGCAGCCAAUCCUGCAUGGCUAUAUUCGAGAUCCUUGGUAAUGGAUGGCAAUUUCAAGGCUGAGCAUCUGUUUCCAGUGAAUCCAACCAAUGAGGUAGCAUUGACUGAUGGCCUUGGCUUUAUGAUUGGCAAUGCCCAGUACAAAAUGCAUCUUGCUGAGGCACAGGACAUUCCCAAGGAAAACUUGACUGUCACAGUGGUCAACCAGGCAAAUGCUUCACACCACAAGCUGGAAGUCACAGGAAUAGGUGGGUGUGCUUGCACAAGACAUGGAUGUUUUGUCCCACAUUCAAUGGUGGACUUUCAGAAGGGGGAAAGGUUU